AAACUAUGUCACAUUUUGAAAUAGGAUAACUGAAAAAUAAACAGAGCUAGUGUGUAAACAUCCAAAGCCGGAAGCUACCAGUGAAAAAUAAAUAUGCAGAAAAGAGAGGUAAAGGGCGGCGGCGGAUCCGGCGGCGGCGGGUCGUCGGCGGGAAAGAGAGGCCGGCCGUUCGGAGGAAACAAUUCCUUCUCAUCUUCUUUCGCGCCUGACUCUGUUGCUCCUUCUGCUCUCCUCGGCCCCUCUCUUCAAGUUCAUUCCGCUUUUGCAGAUCAAAAUAACAAAAGAAUAGUGCUGGCUCUGCAGAGUGGUUUGAAGAGCGAGUUGACAUGGGCACUGAACACGCUGACAUUGUUGUCAUUUAAAGAAAAAGAUGAAGUGAGGAAAGAUGCAACACCUCUUGCGAAAAUUCCUGGAUUGCUUGAUGCUCUUCUGCAAGUUAUAGAUGACUGGCGUGAUAUAUCUCUGCCGAAGGAGGUGGUAAAGAGGCCGAGGUUGAGAAUGUUGGGUGCAAAUUCUACCUUCACUGGUUUUGGCAAUGAGUACAAGAUGUCGAACAUAAAUGACACGAGUUCACAUCCUAGCGUGGGAUCUGGAACUUCCAUUGCCGAUGCAAAUGCACAGAAAAGUUCAACUAAGGUCCAUCCUUCCCAGUGGUGGGCUGAUGAAGAUGGACUGUUUAAUCUUGACGACGAAGGACGGGCAGAAAAGCAGCAGUGUGCUGUUGCUGCUUCAAAUAUUCUUCGAAAUUUCUCCUUCAUGCCUGAAAAUGAAGUAAUUAUGGCCCAGCAUCGACAUUGCUUGGAAACUUUGUUUCAGUGUAUAGAUGAUCAUAUUAUAGAGGAUGAUGAACUUGUUACAAAUUCCCUCGAGACAAUGGUGAAUUUGGCGGCGAUGAUAGAUCUCCGCAUCUUUAGCUCAUCAAAACCUUCCUUCAUCAAAAUAACAGAAAAACGUGCAGUUCAGGCGGUUAUGGGGAUUUUGGGAUCUUCAGUCAAAGCCUGGCAUUGUGCAGCUGCCGAAUUGAUUGGGCGUCUGAUUAUAAAUCCUGACAAUGAAACUUUCCUUAUUCCUUUUGCUCCACAGAUACAUAAGCGUUUGAUAGAUCUCUUGAGCAUACCAGCUGGUGAUGCACAAGCAGCUGCUAUUGGUGCUAUUUUUCAUCUCGUAGAAAUAAAUAUGGACUGUCGUCUAAGGCUUGCUAGUGAGCGAUGGGCAAUAGAUAGACUGCUGAAAGUGAUAAAGACACCUCAUCCUGUUCCAGAAGUUUGCAGGAAAGCUGCAUUGAUACUGGAGACCCUAGUCUCAGAGCCACAGAAUCGGGGAUCGCUGCUAGCGUAUGAGAAUACAUUUGCGGAAAUCCUAUUUUCUGAUGGGAGGCAUUCAGAUACAUUUGCAAGGAUAUUGUAUGAAUUAACAUCUCGACCAAGCAACAAGAUUUCAGCAGCUAGAGGCAUAUGGGGCAUGUAAUCUGGGGACCAGCCUCGUCUCCAAUCUUAAAUUUAAGAACUGGGUAGCUGGGUCAUAACUCAAGUUUCUGUAGGAAGUACCAAGUAGUUUAGUAAAAUGAUUGGUUUAGAUCAAAUGCUAUAAAGCUAGUAGUCAAUCAUUCAAUGCAAAAGGCGGAAUUGUUGUAUGUAGCAUAAUAUUUGUGGUGUUGUGAUCAAAUCCGGAGGAGGCUUCAUAUUUGCGAGAAGCAACCAUUGUACUUUAAGCUUGUUUCUUCUCAUGCGUCUUGCAUCCAAAGCAAAUUUCGUGAAAAAGGAUCGAGGCCAACCAAUAAAUCAGACAAUUGUAAUGGUAUUUAUUUUUAGGUUACUGUCA